AUGGGCAGCGCAGAUACUCUUCCCUUUUGGAACUACAAUAUCCCAGAAGACCAAAGAACAGACGAGUGCCCUGAAUUUCUUCUCAUCACCCACGAAAAGGACAGGGGCAUUCUCUCCACGCCAGACGAAGAAUACCACAUCUCAACCUGGGACGAGGUCCGAGAUAUCAUACAGGCAAAUCGUCUAGAACUCUUCAAGCGUAUACCUUCAGAGCUUCGCCGCUAUAAGAAGUUUACAUUCCAUCUCAAGAAAACGUACGGCACUGUUGCCAACUUCCUCCUUGAGCAUCGUCUUAAAUGGACGCCUCCUGUAACACCGCGCGGAGCACCCUUUGAGUUUGAGGACGACUACAAGAUCCUAUGGAACGAUGCUCCAUAUGGAAUAGAUCCGAGAAUCGCGCAUCUUGUGGUCUGGACAAAGUUCGAUCUUAAGGAGGAUCCUGCAACAGGCGAUUUGACAGACGGGGCAAGGAAGGAGAUUGAUGAUUUCGUGACAAGAACGUUUCGAGCACAUGUCCCAGAAGAAAAUGUCCUUUGGUUCAGAAACUGGCAAGGUCUGCAAUCAGUGAACGCCAUCCAGCAUCUACAUGUGAUGCUCUUUAACCCAGAUCCUGAUUUUGUUCGGAAAAUCACAAAAGGAGACAUACCUCGAGCAGGAAUGGAACUGAACAAGUGA